ACGCGAUUUAUGCAAGCGACCGCCAAUUCCGUGAAGAAACUCACGAGUGCCACCAGCCUCGACGACUACAGCACGGUCCUCGCCGCGUGGCCACAAUGGAAGUGCUGCAUCAACGGCAGCCGCGUCAUUCAAACCAACUCGAAAAAAUUCCUCUUUUUUCAAAAGGUCGACGUCGUGUACCAUGUCCGCGUCGCGACGGCCACGCACCGCUGGAUCGUGCACCACACGAUCGCCGACUUUCGCCAGCUCCACGAAGCGCUUUUGGCGGUUGCUGCCAACAAUGCUGCGUUUACUGACGCGCUCGUGCACUUUCCGCUGCCGCGCGAACACUUAUUUGGUCGUCGUGACAUGCUCGUCAUCAAGGGCAUGUGCGGCAACUUGGAACACUACCUCGUCAACCUCCUUCGCUACAUUCAACGCACGGCGUCGGACAGCGACAGUGCACGCAUGGCCGACCUGCUCCGCGUGUUUCUGAGCCCGCCAACGUGCCUUGCCGACCCGGUGGACACAGCUCCGAUGGCGCGCGCCAAGAUUAUUUAA